UGUCGUCGUGUGGGUAGAUCUGUCGGUUUUUGUGGCCUGUGUUGGUCUGUGAGUUUCUGCCUGCCCCGGGUCUCUGGUGAAGAUGCCGCCUGUAGAUAAACUGCUGCUGGAGGAGGCGCUGCAGGACAGCCCACAGACACGAUCGUUGCUAAGUGUGUUUGAAGAAGAUGCAGGCACACUAACAGAAUAUACAAACCAGUUGUUGCAGGCCAUGCAGCGGGUGUAUGGUGCUCAGAAUGAAAUGAGUAUAGCAACACAACAACUAUCCAAACAGCUUCUUGCAUAUGAGAAACAGAAUUUCGCUUUGAGCAAAGGGGACGAUGAAGUGAUUUCUACUCUCCAACGGUUUGCCAGGGUUGUAAAUGAGCUAAAUUCUCUUCAUACAGAACUAGCUAAACAGGUCGCUGACACAAUGAUCUUCCCAAUGAUACAAUUCAGGGAAAGGGAUCUCACAGAAGUAAGCACUUUAAAAGAUUUGUUUCUUCUUGCUACUAAUGAACAUGAUGUGGCAAUGGCAAAAUACAGCAAACUGCCCAAGAGAAGAGAAAAUGAAAAGUUGAAGGCAGAAGUAGUAGCAGAAGUAGCGACUGCCAGAAGAAGGCAGCACCAGUGUUCCUUGCAAUACUUUUGUGCCUUAAACGCUCUACAAUAUAGGAAGAGGGUGGCAAUGUUGGAUCCAUUGCUUGGCUUCACACAGGGUCAGAUCAACUUUUUCAAGAUGGGAGUGGAAAUGUUUUCAAAGAAGCUCGAAGAAUUUUUGUCUUCUGUUGCAACCAUGGUUCAAAGUAUCCAAGGGCAACUGGAUGAAGAGGCUGAAAGCAUGAGAUUGGUCCAACAGGAGCUGCUGCUGGCCAAUGAGUCCAUCUAUAUUCCUGACAGCAACACUACUACAUCAAAACCAGCUAACAGAAACCUCCUUCAAAAGGCUGGCUACCUGAAUAUUCGAAAUAAAACAGGCCUGGUGUCUACAUCCUGGGAACGGUUAUAUUUUUUUACACAAGGAGGUAACCUGAUGUGCCAGCCACGAGGGGCAGUAGCUGGUGGACUGAUCAUGGACCUGGAUAAUUGCUCGGUUAUGGCAGUAGAUUGUGAGGACAGAAGAUACUGUUUCCAGAUUACUUCACCUUCAGGAAAAAUGAGCAUUAUCCUUCAAGCAGAAGGCAAGCAGGAAUAUGAAGAGUGGAUUUGCACCAUUAAUAAUAUUUCUAGGCAGAUCUACCUGACUGACAACCCCGAGGCUACUGCAAUCAGGCUGAACCAGACAGCAGUGGAAGCAGUAACACCUAUGUCCACAUUUCAGAAAAAACAUGAAAGUCUACGUCCUGAGACAGCCGAACAUGAGUCUACAGAAGCUGUGAGCAGGGACCAAUGUUUGACAGAUGCCCCAGAAUCUACAGAUCCACUUGUAAUCCCUGGAACCCCGAUUCAGUUUGACCUCUGUUCAACAAGUGAGGACUUUGAUUACAACAAAUCUGUCAGCAGACGCCUAAACCCGUUUGGAGAAUCAGAUCAUGACAAAGCUGCAACUUCGAAGGAUUUGCUUCUGCACCAAGAGUUUACAGUGAGGUUUUUAGGCUCCAUAGAAGCAAGAACCGACCAGAAUGAUGAGUUAAUUUAUGAGACAAUGAGGCAGGUGUUGGCUGCUCGAGCAAUCCAUAAUGUCUUCCGUAUGACAGAAUUUCAGAUGAUAGUCAGCUCCAGGGAACUGAGAUUCACCGAUCCACAAACUCAGGUUAAAAAAGCAAGUUUUGCCCUCAGCGAUGUGACACUGUACACUACUCAUCAAGAUAACAAGAGGUUAAUUGGGUUUGUGGCGCGAGCUUCUGAUGUGCAAGCAGAGCGCAAAACAUUGCUGAAUUGCUGUAUUUUUGAGACAAAUGAUGACGGAGUAAAGAUAUGUGCUAUUAUUGAUCUUGCAAGAAAGAUUAAUCAGGCAGAAAAGGACCCAGAAACUUUAGCCUUACUCAUGAAGUCAUUAAAACUCAGUGCUGAUGGAAAGUUCCUUUUACUUAGUCAGCAGAUGGACAAAGAAGAAGCUGAAGAGGGUUUUGAAUCAGAAGCAUAACAUCUGCUCAGAAUGUUGAAGCAGUCACAACACAAGCAUUAAUCUCCAACAAUUUCUUUGAUUUGCAGUUGUCUUUUCAUUAUGUAAAAAAUGUAUUUCUUCUUUGAAUUUUAGACCAGUAAAGCAACGGGUGAAUUUGGUAUUGGAUGAAGGAUAUGCUUACUUUGGGAAUGAAGAAUCAGUGUUCGUUAUUGUCCUAGUAAUUCAGGGCUGGUUUACAGGAUAAGCAUAAAACUAUCAAUUACUCAAACUGACAUUUACUAAAUAGAUUGAAGUGCCUAUACUUUGAAAAGCUUAUUCACAAUAGAAUGCAUUGAGGUAUUCUCUUUUUCAAUAAAAGAAAGAUUAUAUGUGUUAUAAAAAUGAGGGUAAAGAUUACAACCUUUCAAGACAUCAGGAUGCAACAAUUGCUUUAUGUUCAGAAAUAGAUGUAAAGGCGAGAGAGACAGACAUAUCAGGUUGCUGAUAAUUAUCUUCAUUAAGUAUUAUUGCACUACUACCUAAUGUGCACUUCACCUAACUGAAGAAGUAUUUGGUGGGGUGAUAAUGUCAUACAGAUGUAUUGGCAUUUUAAAGCUGGAAUUAGUAUUAAUGUGUUCAGUCAACAUUCAAAUAUGUUACAUUGCCACAUGGAAAUACAGAAUCAGAAUCAGAAUUCACCUGUCUCACUUGCUUCCCCAUAAUUUAGCUAAAACAAUGAGAGAGCACAUUCCUUCCACAACCUGAUUGUCCUUAUUUAUCCCAUUCAUCAAUUGCCGUAUUGAUUUUCUUCCAUUACAGUUUAUCAGGUGGACUCAAAAAUAUCACUCCGUACCCAUCAGCUUUAAGGGUAGUCAUUUAUGAUUCUGGCCUUGCCAAAAAUGAUUAAAUUAAUUAGAAGAAUCAUACAGCAUGGAACUAGUCCAAGUUAACCAUGUCCCCCAAAUUAAAGUCGUCCCACCUGCAUGUGUUUGGCCAUAUCCCUCCAAACCUUUCCUAUUAAUGUACUUUUCAUAUCUUUCUGCAUACUUUAAAAAUAUGCCCCCUAGUUUUGAACUCCCCCACCUUGGGGAAAACACCUUUGCUAUUCACCUUAUCUAUGCCCCUCAUUUUCUAAACCUCAACCUCCUCUGCUUCAGUGAAAAAAGUGCCAGCUAACUUCCAUUCCUAGCAAAUUCUGGUAAAUGUUUUCUGAAUCCUCUCCAGUUUAAUAUAAUAUCCUUCCUAUAGUAUGGUGACUAUAACUGCAAACACUACUCCAAAGGUGGUUUCAACAUGAUGUCCCAACUCCUACACUCAAAGGUCUGAACAAUGCAGGCAAGUGUGCUAAAUGCCUUCUUAACUACCCUACCAGUGGCUCUAAUUUGAAAGAAUUAUGUACCUGAACCCCUAGGUCUCCUCGUUUGUUCUACCAAAAUACAAUACCUUGCAUUUAUCCAAAUUAAACUCCAUCUGUCACUCCUUAGUUCAUUGACCCAAUUGACCAAUAUCUCUUUGUAAUCUUAGGUCACUUUGUUCACUGGAGAAUUAAUGGUGCAUCACUGGAAUUGGAGUGUGCUUUAAAAAUGGGACAGAAUACCAGUCUGUAACUUUAUUUACUGCAUCUUUCAUUACAAUUCAUUCCAUCAUAUUAUAACCUACAUGUUAUUUGUAAAUAUCUGCUAUGAAAUGACCACUGUCUCAAUCCCUGCUUGUAAGUGAGAUGAUUUGGAUGUAGAGGAUUGCUACAUCAUAUUUGAGUUCUGGAUCCAGUUUGUGGGCAUGGAUCAAUCCCUAAAUAAUAUUUGCUUAAUUCUAAACCUUGUUUUAGGACUAGAGGAGGAGAAUUCCAGCAGCAGGAAAUGUUAUCCUUAACCAGCUGGCUGUCCUCCUCUACAGUGAGUGCUCAACAGUGGAACAGAGUGAAAAAGACUUGACCUCACUUAUACACUUAAAACCACAAGAUGGAAGGAAACUCGCUGCAAGAAACAAGGUUCAUAGAAGCUCAGAAAUUACACUGUCUGAGACCCUUUGUGAUACACAUCCUCUGUCAUUAUAUAUUUAUGCUCGAUAUUCUUUCUUCAAAUAACUCAGUCCCUGCCAGUCUCUCCAAUUCCAUCAGGAGAUAGCUUUUUACUAAAAUAUAUUUCUCCUUGUUUUCUGCAGUAAGCUGCAUAAUGAUAUUGCUAAAUCCAAUAAUGAAAAUGUUAUCUUUCUCCACAUCUGAAUAAUUUGAAGUAAUGAUAAAGUUUUAGUGAAAAUUUAGUGCUUCCUACUAUUUAUGUACUACUGUUACCAAAUUUAUCCAGUACUCUUUCUGAUCCCAAGCUACCCAGUUCACUAUUAUCGUUAUAUUCUUUGUCUUCACUCCUGUUCCUCACAGAAAAUUGCACGAGGCACAGGUAAGUUUCAUUGCCCACAGUAAAGAUUAACUGGUCAAUGUUGUUCUACAGUAUCCCUUCCAUUUUCCUUUGCAAUCUUUGGUGCAAUUCACAGUUCCUGUGGGAAUUUUUCAUUAGUGUCACUGCAUUUUCCUUAAUAGACCUCCAAACGCAAAUGCACCCUAUCUGGUUUAGGUUCUGUUUCUCUUCAUACUAUUGUGUUUGAGGUACAGAUUAAUAUUACAAAAUAUGUUCUCAUUUUCAACCUGAUUUUCAAAUUCCACCAUGGCUUUGCCACUCAAAAAGUCCUGAAAUCUGAAUGCUAAUUUUGGUAUUUUAUUCAUUCCUCCAUUAGUGACUCUGCCUUCAGCUGCUAAAGCUAUCAGGGUCCAUCUGCCCUAUACCCUCCUGAAAGAUAGCCUUCCAUUUAUGGCUCAGUGUCAAACACAUACUUUUCAACACCCUUUAUUGUAGUGGUAAGCUGUAUUAUCUCCUCACUCCUUCCUACUGCAGCAUUCCUCCAUUUCAUUGUACUUGGGUAAUGAGACUUAGGUGCAAUUUCUUUAAAUAUCCCUGCAUGUGGGUAGGUACAAGCUCUUUCCAGAAUUUAUACAAGUAAUCUGUUGGUAACACAUUCAUCUGAGCCACACACUGGAUUCUCAUCCAAUCUAAAGACUUCAGUAUGUAAUCUAGAUUGAUAUGCAACAUUGAAAUGUGCGACAUGCUCAAAGGUGCCAUAUUGCAGAUGAUCUGUUAAACUGAGGCCCUGUUACAGGUAGAUAUAAUAGACCUCACAAAGCUAAAGGGAAUGUUUCUGGUAUUUUAACUUGUAUUUACCUCCUAAUUGCCAUCAGUAAAACAUUUUGUUAUUCAUCACUUCUGUUUGAGAGAACUUGUUGGGGGACACACUGGCUACCAGUACACGAUACUUAAAGUACUUCAGUAGCUAUGAAGUGCAUUGUGGCAUCCUGAUGUGAUGAAAGACUAUAUAAAUGUAAAUGUGGUUUUAAACAAUUUAUAUUAAUAUACGGAUGCUUACUGCUAUGAUGAAAACAGCUUGUCUCUAACAUUUUUAUCAAUGCUUGUUCACAAGAUAAGGAUUUAAAGAGCAUUAUCACCCACUUUUGUGGUUCUCCUGCAUGUAUUACACUCCAGUGAAUGGGAACCUUACAACAACUUUGUUAAUUUUACUUUCAUAAUGUUCUAUUCUAGAAGCAAGUAUGUUUAGUUUAUAACAUGUCCUAAUUACAAACUCCAGUUUUCUUUUCCAUUAGACAAAAGCAACUUGAUGUUUUUGAUUAUUUGUGACUGAGUUUACUUCAUUAUCUCUCUGGGUGAUCCUCUCUAAGAUUCUUGUAUCUUCAUUAUGUAUCCCUUCUUACAUGUUUCAAAUCAAAAUUUCUGCCAGCUGCAAAAAAGACUUCAGAAGAAGGGGCUUUAACAUCUCCCCCUACCCCAGCAGCUAGCACUCCAAUUUAAAUUAAAGAUUACUACAGGAAUAUGCAAAACAGGAAUCAUUUUUCAUGGUUAACUUUGAAGUCAAAGUAAUUUCUAAAUUUUUAUUCAGAGGAUGUGGGCAUAAUUAGUCACCAAUUAUCUAUCCCUAACUGCCCUGGUGGUGGACACUACCACCUUGAACUAUGGUCCACAGUGCUUGUAUAGAGUUCCAAGAUUUAGACGAUGGCAGUGAAGGAAUGGCAAUAUAAUUCCAAGUCAGGAAUGCGUGGGUUCGGAGGGGGACUUGCAGGUGAUUGUAGUCUCAUAUAUCUGCUGCCCUUGUCACUGGAUUUGGAACAGCCUGUUGAAAGAGCUUCGAGUUGCUCCAUGAUCUUGUAGAUGGUGCACACUGCUGCUCCUGUGGUUCCAUGGUGUGUGGGGGCUGCUAAUUAAGUGGACUGCUUUGUGCUGAAUGGUAUUGAGCUUUUUAAUCAAAGUUAAAAUUUCCUAUUUACAAGUGAUGGUACCAGUGGGAUGAAGAAUUACCAAAUAAUACUAUGUACUUCUACUUUUAUAAAUCUACUUAGUGCUUUGAGGCUGCUGUUGCACAUUGUGAAAUGAGUUCCAUAUUUUCUGGUUA